UCUCCUCACACUCCAACCCUGCUCACCUCUCAGCUGGACAGUAAGGGACGUUUACACCACACACUGACAACAUGCUGGGGACGCUCUGCACUCUCAUCGCUGCUCUAACAUAUGUUGAUGCAGUGAUAGUGCUGACCCAGACGCCUGCUGUCCACACAGUUUCUACAGGACAAGAGGUUGUUCUCAACUGCAACAUUCAGAGAGAUGAUGGAUAUUAUGUCAGUUGGUAUAAACAGGUUCCUGGUGCAGCUCCUCAGUUCAUACUGAGAUUUUACCAUUCUCACAGUUCACCCACCUUUGGAACAGGAUUCUCCUCAGACAGAUUCAACUCUAAGUCCUCAUCAAACAUAGAUUACCAGUUCAUCAUUAAGCGAUCAGAGGCAGGAGACUCUGCUGUCUAUUACUGUAACACAUGGGACAACUCUGCUAAGGAGGGGGUAUUCGGACAAGGCACCAAGCUGAUUGUGACAGGCUCCGGUCUCUCUCCUCCUGUCCUGACAGUCUUCCCUCCGUCCAGUGCUGAGCUGCAGACCAACAAAGCCACUCUGCUCUGUCUGUCCAGUCAGUCUGUGCCUUUUGCAGAAGUCACCUGGUUGGUUGGUGGGAGUCCAGUGAGCAGUGGGGUCUCUACCAGCACCGCUGUUCACCAACCAGACCACACUUUCCAAAUCAGCAGCUAUCUGGACAUCCAGACGUCAGACUGGAACAUGGAGAAGCUUUACACAUGUAAAGUGUCUUUGGGCUCCCAGACUUCAGAGAAAAACAUCAACAAGUCAGCCUGUCCCACUGAACAAUAGCAGAGAAGCAGAAUGAGCAUUUACAACCUGCUUCUUUACUGUUUGUGCUGUUUGCUCAUUACAAGGUUUUUACAUGUUAGAAAAGAUGUGUCUGCAUGCUCGUAAUAACUGUUGUGACAGUUAGGUGGAGGUGUUGUAUCAGCUUUGCAUCUGCUGCAUUUUUUAAUCAUUCAUUCAAUUAAAUAAAAACUCUGCGAUCAAAAUAAA